UUCUGACAUACUGCUCCGUCUGAACGUUCUUCUGUUUUCUGUUAUCCCUCCACGUGCGCCCAUGCCCCACAAGCAUCUCCAUGAGCGCAAGCAAGCGGGCAAGUAAGCACAUGCAGGCAGGCUUUUCAAAAUCGUCAAGUAUCCUUGCUCGCGUUUCAAUAGUGUGCUCUGCUCCGCGAACCCGCAGAUAUCGCGCGCGGUUCUGCGUCGUAAAACAAUCGACGAUCUACACUCGUCGCGUAGCAGCGUCUGCCGUCUCUUGUUUCAGAUUUUAAUCGCGUAUCCGGUGCAACAAAUAUUUUUCAUCCAUACGCGAGACGAUUUUGUAACCCUACAGAAGCGGAUGUCGCAUGACCUUGCUACUCGGAGAUUAUCAUUCUUUUGACGGCAGGUAAAAUUCACCUGAUGGAUGUGCGGUGUUUGGGGGAAGUGGGAUUGGAGGAUAUAAGAAAAGACGACACCAAAGGAAACAGUUUUGACCAUAUAAGGGCGAAAUUGGAAAAUCAUGAUUUAGCAAACUUUCGACGGCUCGACAAAUCCACCGCGAUGAUACCAGACACAAUAGGCGAUUCGGAAAACUCCGAUCACCAUCAGAAUCGGAAAUCGCCAUUGUUCGACGAAGACGGACUUAUUAUUCCCAAAAAACUUCCAAACCCCGUCAAAGAAAACGCUGAUCGGCAAAAUCUACACAGGGAGUUGUUAUUUAAUCAAAAAAUAGGGAAAAACAUUUUGAACCAGAAAACCGAGCUACAAAGAGCUUUGGAGAAACAAAGAGACAGCUUAGCGAAAAAACAAAUUGGAGAGCAGGUUGCGACCGAGACUCCAGAAUUGGAAAAAGCCAUCGCUGACAGGGCGAAACGACUACAAAGUUCUCAUGAAAAGAACGAAGAUGACAAAGUGAUCAGCAAAGAACUGCUCCAAAUCCGAAAGAACCUGAAGCCUCGAACAGAAGCUAAUAAGUAGCUCAAUAAAUAUAUUUUCGUAAAAUUUCUUAUGCUCUAUUUUUGAUAAUAGCGGUAGAAUAUUAGUAAAAAAGGACA